GGGCAGCGAUUUUUAUUUUCACUACGGUUCUAUGGAAUCAACAGUGUCGUGGGCCCCUAUAACCCCUGUAGGUCAUGUCGACGUGGCACACCCAGACUCCCCCCCCCUCUCCCCCACAGCUAUAAAAUGAACUCCAGCAGCCGGCGGGGGCUGUGUGUGCGUCACAGCAUACUUAUGUUCAUUGAACAUUUAAACAUUCAUCUGCACUGACGACUAGCGCACUAGUUCACAAUGCUUUAUCGGUGCAUCAAUAAAUUACACACCUUGCAAGAUCUCUGUUCUCCGGUCACUUCCUGUUUGCGCACGCAUGGCAGGGAAAUGGUUGGCAUAGCUCAAAGGUCAGAGAAGUGAUUGACAGUAUGUCUGUCCUACACGAUUUGCAUGAAACCUACUGGAUCAUUGCUGCAUAUAGAGUAGAGUGGAUAGCCUGUAGGACCUGGCAGAAGAGACUGAGGGAAACAUGUACACAUUUCAUGACAAAAACUAGAUGACACUUAUCUUUAAAUUUAAUCCACAUACUUAAUUGGUGAGUAAAAGCAUGGCACAAAAGGAACAGAGAUAUAUCUACACACUGUGACAUUCAAAGGUAUGUCCGAGUGAAUAUCGUGACCUAUCGUCACACCCCAUGGUGCUGCAGUAGGGAAAGGAUAGAGAGACAAGGGGCGACUCAGUGGACGAUGGGAUGCUGGGCGUGGUCACCGCUCGUAAGACAAUAGGUGGCGCUGCGAACACUCGGUCAAGCGUGUCGCCGGCGGGUGAGUCAGGUCGCUCGUCUCUCGCAUCCAUAAUCGCUCUACGCUCGACUGAGCUGGGAGGGAAAGUGACUGAUGCUGCGAUGGUUGCUGCGAUCGUGUCACGCUGCACGAGCACGUGUGCUGACUGCAGAUGCUUUGCAGUGGAAGGGAUGCGCGCCCACCUCCCAACUGUUUGAUGCUUUCACGAAUUCCUCGACCCAGAAUUGGAGUUUCUGAUUUAAUUGACGUGGUAACGCCCUCGACAUUGGCAGAGCUCACUCCAUUGUCGAUGUUUAGUGCUCGCGUGUUCAGUGUGCAAACGACUGUCCACAGACCAACUCGACUUUGACAAACUGUUCUCGUCAGACUUGAUCGCUUGUUUGUCUGCCCGCCACUAGUCAGGCCGACAUUCUGCCGAGGAUACUUAGAUGAUGGAUCAACCGAUUGAAGCCAUCACCACGGUGCUACCAGGCUACAGUGUCGCAUAGUUUCUCUGCCUCCCCAACACAUCAUCUUUCCACGUUGUCUUAUCGACAUCAGGAGAGGUGACCGGUGAGAAAAACAAUAGGCUCGUCAACAAAAGUGUGUUGUGUUGUGGUUUUAUUGUGAAAUCUUGCAUGCAGCCAUGGGCGUCGUCCUCAUGACAAGACACCCCGUGUACAUCGCAGGCGUCUUUUCUGUCUUCAUCGCCACUAUUCUUUUUUUCAUCGGUUCCAUUGUGCCUGCGUGGAUCGUGAGCGGCGAUGUUGGUGUGGGACUGUGGUUUGCCCGCAACGACAGCGGACACAUCUGGUCCUACAACAUCAAGAACGAUGAAGAGUGGGUGAAGACGGUGAAAAUCCUGCAAGUCAUCGGCAUGCUGUUCCUCGUGUUCUCUUGCUGCACCGCCGUCUUCACCGAGUGCAGGUUCAAGCCCAGACCUCCGAGUUAUUUCCUGGAAUCCGUGGUUCUCAUUGGAGGUCUGGUUAGUCUCAGCGGACCCAUGGUGUACAUCGGACAUACUCGCCAUGGGGUGGAGUCCUCCGACUUCAGGUACGGAUGGGCCCUCAGCCUCAACGUGGCCGCCGCUUGCCUGGCCAUUGUCACCGCCGUCGUAAUGUUCAUCACCAACGCCCUCACCAACAGCCCUCGUUGCUCAUGCGAACGAGAGCUACCUGCCCUGGAACGAUGCUGCCCUCGUCCCAAAGCCCUACCCGGAGAGUAUACCCGUGGGCGGACUUCCCUACUUUUCGGGUCACCAGCCGCCGGGGAUGAGACCAUCGAUAGCAGAUUAUCAAAACUCCGGUGUGUUUUCUCCCUCGCCAGGUGCCAGAGGUAAUCACUUCGGUGGCUACCCCCUGCACGACGUGCGUGCAGACUCCAGCCAGCACCUCACGAUACCCGACACGUGGGAGGAUGUGAACUACGCUCGCCUCAGCCCCAGCCAUCUCCUGCAGGACGGAUACCACCUUGGCCGCGACGACUUCGCCACGUGGGACAGUCCGUCGAUGUCCAGAGGAUACCUGGGACACACGAUGCCUUACUCACCUGCUAGGGACUAUGGUGACGUCAUGGGAUCCCCGUACAGCGCCUACGCUCCAGCGUACACCAUCCCCAGGGCUGUGCUCCGCUCUGGUUACCAUGGAUACCGCAACUCUAAUCUAGAGGACGAUGGGUUGUGAACGAGGGUUGUGUAAUGAUGCUGUAUAAUGUGGAGUAGUAUAAAGCGUUAUACCACAUACUAAGUAAUAUUGAGCUCUAUGUAGUCCUGACUAUGAUAUCAGCUUUACAACUUGUUGACGACACAAUAUCAUGAAAAUAUUGUCCACUGGAAAAACUAAAUCCGAAACUCGAUGCAUUCUAGACACUAGCAGAACAUUUCAACAUCAGCAGUGAGUGGCAUACUGCAAACUACAAAAGUAACGGAUUUCACACACGUGGAUCUUAGAAACAUUUACUCAGAUACAUUUUCUUUCGCUUCUUCUUUCCUGCCUUCCUUUCAUUCAUUUGUUUUUUCUUUUUUUGUGGUAUUUUCAAUCGUCAAGUAUGUUUCAGUUUACCAUUGUUUUGCCCUUAAAGAUUAGAUUACCAUUUAAUUUUGUUUUUUCUUCAACUUAAGAACUUAACAAAAUCCAAAUUUUCCCCCCCCCUGAACAUUUCAUAGAUGAAACGUGUGUAAUGUUAAUGAGAAUAAACAUGGAGAUGUUGA